AUGAAGGGUCUCUACUCUGCCUUGGUGGCAUCUGCCAUCAGUGGCGCUCUCGCUGCUCCCAGCCCCGUCGAACAAGGCCCCAUUACUGCUCGUGCCAACGCGGCGGCUUGUGCCACUCCCGUCACUCUCUCCGGCAAUCCUUUUGCUUCAAGGUCCAUCUAUGCCAACAAGGAGUACUCUAAGGAGGUCAUCGCGGCUGCUGCUUCCAUGACCGACAGUGCUCUGGCUGCCAAGGCGUCCAAGGUUGCUGAAGUCGGAACCUACUUGUGGAUCGACACCCGAGCCCGUAUCUCAGUCAUCGAAGACAACCUAAAGGACAUCCCUUGCGAUAAGAUCGCUGCUAUGGUCAUCUACGACCUUCCUGGUCGUGAUUGUGCUGCUAAGGCCUCUAACGGUGAACUUGCUGCUGGUGAUGUUGCGACCUACAAGAGCCAGUACAUUGAUCCUAUUGUCGCCAUCUUCAAGAAGUAUCCCAAUACGGCCAUCUCCCUCGUUAUCGAGCCCGAUUCCCUUCCCAACUUGGUCACCAACGCCGACAAGCAAGCCUGCAAGGACUCCGCCGCCGGCUACAAGGAGGGUGUUGCGUACGCUCUUAAGCAGCUUAAUCUCCCCAACAUCGCCAUGUACAUCGAUGCUGGCCACGGAGGCUGGCUCGGCUGGAACGACAACCUCAAACCCGGAGCUAAGAUGCUUGCUUCCGUCUAUAAGGAUGCCGGUUCUCCCAAGCAAGUCCGCGGUUUCGCCACCAACGUCGCCGGCUGGAACGCCUGGGACCUAUCACCAGGAGAGUUCUCCAAGGCCACCGACGCCCAAUGGAACAAAUGCCAGAACGAGAAGCUCUACGUCAAGGCCUUCUCCCCCGAGCUCAAGAGCGCCGGCAUGCCGUCCCAGGCCAUCGUCGACACAGGCCGCAACGCCGUCACCGGCCUCCGCAAGGAGUGGGGUGACUGGUGCAACGUUAACGGCGCCGGUUUCGGUGUCCGUCCCACCAGCAGCACCGGCGACUCCCUCACCGACGCCUUCGUCUGGGUCAAGCCCGGUGGUGAGUCCGAUGGUACCUCCGAUACUGGUGCUACCCGCUACGACUCGUACUGCGGAAAGGACGAUGCGUUCAAGCCGGCUCCUGAGGCUGGUACCUGGAACCAGGCCUACUUUGAGAUGCUGCUUAAGAACGCUAAACCGCCUUUCUAAGCGUAUCAAGAGCACGUGGAAGUGGAGAACCAAAAUGGGCAUGUUGUGGAUAGUAGAUGGUGGUAGAUGUUCUUUGGAAACGUUCGUUGUAUACACACCAUGAACCUUGUUAGGAGGAGAUUGGAAGGUGGAAGGGGG